AUGCCUCCUACGCAGACUCGCACGGGGGAGGUUUUCGCAGUAUGCAACGCCUCCAAGCGGGAAUUGCUGUGGAUUGAUGACGACGACGGAGUUCUCUGCACACGUCCUACAAAGGAGGGCUCCACAGGAAUCAUUCCAACUCGACGAACCAGCAGGGGCAGAGUUGACCCUGGUUACCUGUAUGGCAUGCCAAGCACGUGCGGGCUUUCGUCGAGCCGCGCCCAAGUCGGCGGCGUUGAAUACAACUCCUUCUUUGUCAACCCGCUUGCUGAGGGCUCUCAUGACGGUGGGGAGCCUAUUCCCUACGCCGGCGCAGCGCUUGGCACCACCAAUGCCCUUCUCGGCAUCCUCUGCAAGGGCCACAAUAACCCGCUGGCUGACGAGUACAGCGAGUUGUCGUACUCCUCUACACCUGAAUCAUCGCCGGCGAAGGUCCGUAUUCGUGCUUUUGCGCCCCGAUACAGCAGCUCUGACUGCAGCUGCGCUCUAGACAGUGGCAAAUGCGAGGUCGACUUCGAUAGCGGUUGGCCGGCAUCCCCAGGAACACCUCUCCUGGGGCCCAAUGUCCCUAUGACUGACGUCCUUGGCUCCAGCUCUGCCGCCUCCGAAGGUUCGGGAAGCCUGCUUCCGCCGGCACCCUGCGCUCCCCAAUCGCGGCAGCCGUAUGCUCGGGUUGGAAAACACUUUUCGGAGGGGCCUGGGUCAUGCAAAACGAGCCUCGGAGGAGAGGGUUCAGAAGAGUGCGGUCGCGCACUUCAAGGUGUCGAUAAAGGCAUCAGCGCUGCGGUCGAAGGCGAAAACUUCGCGACGGAGAUUGGUAAGGAACCCUCACGCUGUAGAGGCGGAUGCAGCGGCGAGAGUAUCGACAACGAUGCGCUGCGGGAGCAGCACGAGUCAGACAUCGAGGAGGCCGACGUGUUGGAGGGCAGCAGUGGAGGGCGCGCUCCUAUAGUAGCCGCGGACCAUGCUUCUGCUGCAUCAGACGUGUGUGCGCCAUGCACGCCGCCUCUGGCCGCGCGCGACGGCAGCGGCGGAUCCGUUGCCGCUGCUGGUGGCCUGGCCCCCGGGCCCGGCCGGCUGGGCAACAGGCAAGCAAUGAGCGACGGUGGUAACGGCGGUGAAAAGCGUCUGUCUGAGGCGCCAAAGCUCCGCUCCGCCACAUCAGUGCCGACGGCGCAGCUGCAGGUGCCACAGCGGAACUCUGCGUUUUCCAAGCGAGAACCAUCGUGGCGCUGCAUGGCAGCGUCGUCGCUUCAGCUUCACUUUACGCCCGAGUCAGCGGUCGUUGAUGUGUCCUCUGUGUUGCCCCGGGGAGCAGAUGGGGAGGCUCAAAUGCUGGUUUCGCUUCCGGAGGCGGCAUUGUUGGGCGCUCAAGCGGUGCCCAUGGAGGCAGCGCAGCUAGCGCAGGGGGUGCUUCAACAACAGCAGCAGCCAUCGAAUCUGCUUCAGCAGCUGCGGGACAUGCGUCCAGCGGUGCCAUAUGGGGUAGUGCCGUCAGGCUGUGCGGCGCUGCCCUCUUGGCAGGUGGAUGCGCAAGAGGAGAGGACUGUUGCACAGCCCCCAAAUGCACCGUGCACCGUGCAUGCACCUUUACAGGAAGCCGCACAGCCACCGCCGCCGCCGCAGCAGCAGGCUUCACAUCUAGGCCUCCAGCAUCGGGGAGGAACAAUCGCCAAGCACUGCGCGCAACCCAAGCUAGUGUGUUCCUUGCCGGAGCAUUUCCCCUCGUAUUUCAACGGGUCCCAGCAGCUGCCUUCGCCUCCGGUGCUCUCGCCGCCGGCGACGGUCACGGUGACAGUGGAGGGUGAGGUGGCUGAAGAAGAAACGGCAAUUGCGGAGCCGGAAGUCCUCAAGGACCUCACGGCAACUGGACCGGCAGCCCGCGUGGAUCCACCCGCAUGGACCCCACGGAAGGUUCUGGGACAGAGCAGUGGCGGCACCUGCAUCGGCAGCGUCUCCCCGGGCCUAACCGCGGUCAGCAGCACUGUCGCCACUUCGGCGUCCCUUACCUCACUACCCUCCGCCUUCCUUCCAUCUGUUCCAGCGGCCUUGUUCUCCUCGCCCUUCGUGCCCCCGGUGCCCAGUAACCCCGGAAAAGGCGACAAGAGCAGUAGAAGAGGUGGGGAUGAAGAACCUGUCGCCACCAACACAACCAAAGCCAUCAACGCCAGCGACACCGACCUCACGGCGGCCACGCCCGUGUGCCCCGUCACGCCCAUGGCUGCGCAGCCUACCCGGGCCCCGGCCUUCCCUGAUCCCGGCUGCUCUAUUUCCGCCCUAGCCAUGACCCGCAUGCUCAUUCGCCAGCUGGGGUUGUUGCCUCUAAAGGAGGCUCCGCUGCUGCCAGUGGGAGGAGCGAGCCAGCCGCAGCUGCGGGGCUGCACUACCAUGGCAGCCGUCGCCAUGCUAGAUUUGCCAGGACCGUCGCCUUUUGCCGUUGCUGUGAGCGCCGCGGAAGCGGCGAUGCGUUGUACUGAGCCGGCCGAUGGCAACAACGAGGCCGCAAACGUCACCGCCACACUUCAACAGCAGAACGGCUCAAUUCAAUCGGACGACAUCAUUAGUCUACGUGAGAGUGAGCACGGCCGCGAGGCACCCUCCUUGACGUGCGGUUCGGUCCUGCGGGAGGCCGAUGUUGCAACGAUGAGGUGCACUAAUAAGUCAUCUCACGUCGCCGGCAACGCGGCCGCGGCAGCCGCUGCGACCCUAGAGGUUAUGGACCUGUGGGCCUUGGACACCGCAGCCUCUGCUGCUGCUGGGGGCAGCGGUGGCUUUAAUGACGACAUCUUUUCCGUGAUGACGACGACCCAGGAAAGCAGUGCCCUGUUUGACGUCGAUCGGGGCUCAUGUAGCUUGCCUUGUCUGUUGAGUGCUAGGAGCAUGCAGGGCUGGCUUGAACCGCAGGGUUGGAAACCGCUGCGUGAAAAGUACUGCGGGGUGCAGCAUCAGCAGCCGAUGCACCAUCACGAGCUGCAGUAUGUUGGUGGUGACGGCGGCAGCCAGGUGACAGUGAUGUAA